AUGGCCGUUGUGCUGGCAGCUGCCUGCCUGGCCUCCGUGGCCACUGUUGUCCUGGGCUACCUCUGCAGCUCCGGAAGCCUGCGGAUCGUCGUCUGGGCCGCGGGGAGUUACCGGCUGCUGCCUGGGUGGAUCCGCGCAGCUGUCGGCCAGCACGUGGACAGCCUCCAGGAGCUGCAGAGGCAGCUCACGGGCGACGAGCUGGAGCGCCGGCUCGGCGCCUUCUGGGCGAGGGUACCCGACGCCAUCGAGGCGGCGCACCUUGAGCUGUGCGAGCGCGAGGCGCUGCGGGGGGCGCGGCCCGCGCGGGCGGUCCAGCUGGCGGCGCUCGCGGCCCUGCCGCUGGCGCUCGGCGGGCCGCGAGGGCACGGGCGCUGGCACGCCCGCCGCCCCGACGAGGCGCUGUGGGGGCCGCUGCACAGGGCCAGCGCGUUCGCCCCGGCGGCGCGGGGCAGACUCGCCGGGGGCCCGGGCGCGGCCGUGCGCUGCGCUGCCGGCUUCGGGACGGCGGCGGCCGCGUCCACGGCAGGCUGCGGCUGCCGCUGCGUCGGCCGGGGGACCCUGGCGCGGGCGGCCGCCGUGAGGCUCGCGGCGCAGCAGUCCAUGAACGAUGCGGAGAUCCUCAAGAAUUUGCGGGACGUGCACGGCUGGGAACGCGCGGACAUGGGCGCGGGCGGGAACUGCCUCUUCCUGUCGGUGGCCGCGCAGGUGGACGCCGCGGACGUCGCGCCGCUGCCCUCGCGGGGGCCCGCCUGGGCCCAGGCGCUCGGCGAGGACCUCGGCCAGCGCUGGGAGGCGAUGGGCGUGCGGGAGCGGGCGUCUCUGCUGAGGCGCAUGGCCAUCCUGGACGAGCACGAGUUCGUCGCAGAGCUGGCGGCGUUGCGGGCGGACCGACAGGAGGCGCCCGGACCGGUGCGGGAGCGGGCGCUGGAGCUGUUCAAGGACAUGGCCGAGGAGUUCAUUGACAGCGGCAUCACAGAACUUGCAGAAGGACUUUUCAGCGAGGGCAGAGGGCUGAGCCUGAGAGGGGCUGGUUGACUGAAAGACGAGCCAUGAGUAAAUUGUAGACUCGAGACAGACGUGUCCGAAUGUGAGUCGGGCAGAGGUUGUUGACCACGCGAAUCUCAGCUUCUGGUACUCGUCGUCCUUCGCAUUGUCUUCGUCAUCGUUACGCAUUCGAUUGUGCUCCCGAGAGACAUCCUGAGCCUCCUCUUGCCUCACUCCUCUCUUCAAGUGCGGCCUUCCAUUCCCGCCUCCGUCCCUCCUCUCCCCCUCUCAGCAAUUCAGCUCGAAUCAGCUCUGGGCAAUCAUUGUCGAGCAGACCCCCUCUGAUCAAUCAGCUCUGGUCGAUAAUCGGCGGAAUGCCGAUGCCUCUCGGCGCUUGCGCGUUCGCCGCACGCGCCACGCCGCUCACUUCUAGCC